AUGGCCGGCAUACCAUUCAACUCCUACCACGGUCCAGAUUCGGGUCCUCUUCCCCCAGGCGUCGGUAUGGCAUUCCCCAACUCCCCAUUCCCCAUGGGCUACGCACCAUCGCCUUAUGGCUACCCUGAUUAUUACUCUACUGGCUACGGCCCACCAGGCUUUGCAGCUCCUCCGUACCCUUUUUCCAGCACUCAUCCCGCGCCUCCUUCUGCCGAUAAAAGCGGUAUGCCCGGUAUAAACGUCAAGAAUCAAUUCGACGGUAUCGGUCUUCCCCCAGGCUACAAUUAUCUCUUUCCCCCCUCUCACUGCCUUGUGCAUGUCUUCAUAACCGGCUCCACACCCCCUUGGCUCGCAAACUCCCCGCUCUAUCCACAUGAUGUGGCUAAUCAUCGUAAGUUUUUUGUUCCAUCUACCAUGACGAUCAAGGAUAUGAUGCAGCAACUGGGUUGUAGCAAUAAAGAUGCGGAUAAGAAUGUGAUGACGGAGGUCCAGGAAGUGGGGAAUGGAAAGUGGACUAAGGGAAUGGUUUUCAAGGGAGGGAAUAGCCAGAGGAUGAAGAUGACGCUUGCAAGUUUGGGGUGGGAGAUGGGAAGAAAGAGAACCGGGUUGCCGGGGCAAGGUCCGUUAAUCUGGGUUUAUCUUACUGGGGAUUAG